GAAAAAAAAUGCUUGAAAAAUAUGCAAUAUUGUGCUGGUCGAUUAAGAAACAUGCAAAUUUUGAUCGGAUGAAUCGGAAAUGCCGAGACAAUGUCACAAUCCAAAGUGCAUUGGAAGUAAAAAGAGAUUGACCAGCCGUAAAUACAGGGACAAAGAGAAAGAUCCGAGACCGCCAUCAACGUCACGUCGAAGUUCUUCAGACAAUUCUACGUCGCGAGAUAAAAGAGCACAGAAGCUGAAGUCAAAGCGAUCCAAAGAUAGCCCAAAGAAUUUAUCGUUUAACAAAUCGAGAGAUUACAAAAACAAAAAACGCCAAACCUCGCAGUCAACCUCUGAAAGUUCAACUUCGACAUAUUUAUCACAGAAGUUACGCAAGACGAACACAUUCGGACAAAUUUCCGGCAAUUCCCGGGAUUGUAAAAAGCAAAUAUGUACCUGUCGCAAAGAGCAUCGUGGUGCUCAGAGCAGAAAUUCGCACGAAAAUUCGCGGAGCACGGAUCCUGUGAAGAGGAACAAGAGGCGGAGGAAAAGAUCGCGUCGCCGGCAUAAAAAGACUUCGAAAAGAGAAAGCAAUCGACCGAGACGUGACUGUUUCGUGACGCUUUGCGCCUGUGUGCGAGGUUGCAGCUUGGAUGAGCUAAGAGCUUGCAAAUGCACGUCGUCUCAUGGAAUUCCUUCGCAUUGCGAGUGCUGUUCUGUUAAAGCAGAACAAAAAAGGAAGAAACGAGUAACAUGUAAAAACACAUCAAAGAAAAAUAUACAAGUGAGUAGAUAUACUGCAAGCCCAUCGACCAGCAAGAGGAAAUCUGCACUUAAACAUUCACGCGAAUUAUCAGCAGCAAAACCAAAUGAAGAACAGAGCGUGAUUAUUAGAGGAUUAGACACUGUUCGCAGAGGAAUUGACAGAUUUAGUGCUUUCGUAAUUAGAUGGGUGACGAGACAACAGUAAUUUAAGAUGGAUUGGUAUUCUAAUUAUAGUUAAAUGUAUUUGUAUACCUACAUAUUUUUACGCUCCUAUAAGAUAUUAUACAAAAUCAUCUUUUAUUCGUUUAACAUGCAAAUUCUACGAAUCCAUUUAAUUUUACUGAAUGU